AUGUCCAAACCAGCAAUUCCUUCUGCUGCUUCGGCAGCUUGGCCUCUCGAAAAAGAGACCACCAACACUGACCCAAGCCAAUACCGACGAGACAGGUCGAUCUGUCAUUUAAAGUGGGUCUGGUGGACGCCCCACUUUUUUGUCUCCAAUGGCAAAAAAGUGAACUAUCACGACGUUUACGUCUAUCGGGGGCAGCAUGCCGAUCAGCUGCCCCCGGGCCUUGAGAAGAGGGAUUGGACGCGGUGGGUAAACCAGAAGAAGCAGGUAAAGCAGGUUUACCCGUCCAAUCCCGCCAUCAAGGUGGAACCAAAAGGGCCGCCAGCAGCUCUCGCUGCUCCCUCGGCCUGGGUUAAUCAGAUGACUGGUGUCUCGGACGCUGACCAGUCGACCCAGGGCGCCCUUUCUACUAACACGCCCUCGGGCACCGGCAAUGGGGGGUUGCCAACCAUCGGCUUACAGGCUAAGCCGCAAACCACUACUGUAGCUUCGGCCACGGCCCCAGUGCUGCCGGUGCCGCCCGCUCCCCACCAAGCCGUGGUUGUUACGGUGCCAGCGGUGGCACCAGCUGACUCGGGUCCAAUGGACUUCGAGCUCACUGGGCCACCGCUUAUGGUGCCGCUCCAGCCAACGGGGGGUAUGGCCCCCAAUCCCUCUCCCCCGGUCCCACAAGUGCAAAUUCGACGGGACCCAACAGAGAUACCAGAAGCCGCAGAGUACUUGCGAAACUGGGUCCUGUCGACGACCGGGGGGAACCAGCGCGUCACACAUUUAAUUGUGCCGGAAGAAGCAUCGGUGCUACGGGAAGACUGGAAUACCGUAGUGCACCAUGUCUACUGGCCGUUUGGAUACGUCUGCCUCUAUUUCCCAGACGUUAAUGAGGCAGUCGAGUUCCAAACGGACGAGGAGAUGUGGGAAGAUGCGCCCAGAGAUGAGGGGGGUGAUGUCAUCAUGGGUCGGAUGUGUGACGUUCCAUGGGCGAGAUGUUGCGACUUCCGUCUCGCUCCUGGUGGGUACUGCGAUUAG